AUGUCGCUGCUACCUGGAUGUCUCGGACUGAGAAGAGUUCAGAGAAGCAGGUCUGAAGUAUCUAGUCUGGCUCUGGCGUCGGUGUGCAGCGCUGCAGAGCGACAGUACUUCCUCCAGGAUUGGAGCAGCCUCAUGUGGGACGAGGCCCGGACCCACUGCCAGGUGUGUUUCAAAGACCUGGUGACGGUGACCCCGGAAAACAUCAAAUCCAUCACCCAGAACCUCACCUCUGACUGCUGGGUCGGCCUCCGCAAGAACUUCUCCUCCGCCGGCGACACCAACAUGUCCUGGUCCCGCUGGGCCGACGGGGACCCCCUCAUCUUCCAGAACUGGUACCCCGGUUGGCCUGUGCUGGGAGGGGAAGCGGAGUGUGUGAGCUCCAUUGAGGACUCCUGCGUGGCCAUGCUCAGCUUUGGGGCCUGGGUGGAAAAGAACUGCUCUGACCUCCUGCCUUUCAUAUGUUAUGAAGAUCGUUUCUUCGGCCGAGCCGGCGUGACCAACAUCACGUCUGAGAGCGCCGUUCUCACCUGGCUGCCCGCGCCCGGGGGCGUCGGCCAUUACCGCGUCGAAGUCAAAGUGGACGAAGAGCUAAAACAAUUCCAGAGCAACAGUCUGACCUAUGACCUCGUCAACCUGACGGCAGGGACCCACUACUCCGUCCAGGUGUUCCCCGUCAAGUGUACGAGAGCUCUUGACCCGCAGGAGAUCGCCUUCUACAGCAAUUCAAGAUUCAAGAUUCAAGAUGUUUUAUUUGUCACAUACACACACAGGGUGUGCAGUGAAAUGAAAGUGGCAAUGCUCAGCAGGAAUGUGCAAGGACAACAAGUACACACUAUUUACAAUAAAAAACAACACAAUAUUUACAGUAAGUGUGUGUGUGUGUGUGUGUGUGCCUAAGAGGGGCAGUUGUGUGGGUCUAUGUGGGGGUCCUGGUGAGGUCGGAGUUCACAGUCCUGAUGGCCUGAGGAAAGAAACUCCGUCUCAGUCUCUCUGUUCUUGCAGCGUGACUACGGAGGCGCCUGCCUGACCGCAGCAGCUGAAACAGUCUGUUGUUGGGGUGGUGAGGAUCCUUCAUGAUCCUGCCGGCUCUGGUUCUGCACCUCCUGGUGUACAAGUCCUGCAGGGUGGGGAGUGUAGUUCCAAUAGUGCGUUCAGCCGAACGCACUACUCUCUGCAGAGCCUUCCUGUCCUGAGCGGAGCAGUUGCCAAACCAGGCUGUGAUGCUUCCUGUCAGGACGCUCUCUACAGCUCCAGAGUAGAAGGACUGAAGGAUCCUCUGGGAAACUUUAAAUUUCCUCAGCUGCCUGAGGUGGUAGAGGCGCUGCCUUGCCUUUCUCA